AUGCUUCGCGCCCACUCCGUGAUUCCCAGAGCUAUCUGGCGCUCUGCGGCUCGAAUCGAGCCUUUUUCGUCGCAAGUAUCUUCGGCCCGAUGCAUUUCAAACCACUCCCGACCAACCUCAGACGCUCCUUUUUAUCAAUCGACCCUCUCCGGCUGUUCGACCUCACACCUACUCCAUAAUGACUGCGGCGGAAGUGCGAGGCCAGCUGCCCCUUUCUCAACAAGUUCAACUCUUAGGGAGGCGGACUGGGAUCAGAACCCGAAUCUUGCCAUUUCCAAUUUCUCCGAGCUUCCGUCCAAAGACUUCGGCGUCAAUCAGCACAUGAUCAUCAAUCAAGAAUUCAAGGAGGCACUACGACAGAUUCUUUGGCAAUUCAGAGCACCUAUCCGAUAUGCAUUUGCUUACGGGUCUGGGGUGUUUCCACAGAGCGGUUCCGGUACCGCGGGGUCUACCCACCCUGCAGCACCAGCUGCUAUUCAAAAGAUGCAAAAAGGAUCCGGGAAGAUGAUUGACUUCAUUUUUGGUGUCUCCUACUCUCAGCACUGGCAUGAUUUAAAUCUCAACCAGCAUCGCGAUCACUACUCCGGCCUUGGCUCCAUGGGUUCCUAUGUGGUUUCUCAGGUACAGGACAAAUUCGGCGCGGGAGUCUACUUCAAUACUCACAUCACUGUCAAUGGCACGCUGAUCAAAUACGGCGUGGUCAAUCUUGAUACAUUGUGCACUGAUCUUACCCAGUGGAACACAUUGUAUCUUGCCGGACGGUUGCACAAGCCAGUCAAGAUCCUUCGUGAUCACCCUAAAGUGCGACUGGCAAAUCAGAUGAACCUGCUAUCCGCUCUACGAGUGGCACUGCUGCUUCUUCCGGAGCGGUUCAGCGAGUUUGAGCUGUACAACACCAUCGCAGGAAUCAGUUACAUGGGUGACUUGCGCAUGGUGCUUCCCACAGAGGACCCGAGCAAAGUGCGCAACAUUGUGUCUGGGCAGAUGGCCCACUUCCGACGUCUCUACGCUCCUCUUAUUGCUAAUUUGCCAAACGUUUCUUUCUCUGAUCCUCGCUGUGGCCAAAAUGAUUGGAUUGAUGAUCCUGACUCUGUUCUGGCCAUGGUGCAAGACAUGGAUCCUGUCAAGCGUGGCAAUAUGGUCCGUCGCCUUCCGGAGGCUUUUAGACAGAAGCUGUACUUCCAGUACCAAGCCCGAUUCGCAAUCCCGCGGGUUGAGUUUAACAAGAUGAUGGAAGAGAAUGAUGAUGCCAAGCAAGGAAUUGUCCGACGACCCCAAGGUGGUCCAUUCGAGCGUCGUAUUGCUGAGAAUGACCAUCUGAAGACCGAAGUUUCCUCAUCUAUCUCCAAGACCAUUCGCUGGCCCAGUACUGUACAGAGCAUCAAGGGCACUUUCACUGCUGGUAUUGGCAAGAGCUUGGUCUAUGUGAAGGAGAAACGAGACAAGCACCGAAAGGCACAAGCUCAACAGGCCCAGUCCAGUGAGAAGGCCCCGAAAUCAGAAAGCCCAGCGAAGAGUGAAAAGAAACAUGAUUAA